UCUCUCUGACCCGAACCGAACAAAGGAAUUAUGAUUUUCGGCUUGGACAAUGAAUCGAUAAAUUAAAAAAAAAGGAAGGGAGAAAGCCCCCUCUAUUUCUCCGAAAGGAAUGUGAAAAUCCAGCCGGGCCACGAAACGACACCUCUCUGCGCUUAAAACGACUGCGGCCCACGAUCGCGUUCUUCAGUUGAGGCAUGUUAUUCGCUGCUCACUCCUCCUCCUACUCUUGUUCUUCUUCUUCGUCGUCUUGGCCUUCGCAUCUUCACAAUCACAUCCAAUAGAGACACGUUGACUUUAGUGGAAGAAGAAGAAGAAGAAGAGAAUGGAACAAUCGGUUUUGGAUGAUAUAAUCAAUCGCCUCCUCGAAGUUCGUACCCGACCGGGGAAGCAGGUUCAGCUAUCGGAGUCCGAGAUCCGUCAACUCUGCGUAGUUUCCAGAGAGAUUUUCUUGCAACAACCUAAUUUAUUAGAGCUUGAAGCACCUAUUAAGAUUUGUGGUGAUGUACAUGGGCAAUAUUCUGAUCUUUUAAGGCUUUUUGAGUAUGGUGGAUUACCUCCAGAAGCCAACUACUUGUUUUUGGGGGAUUAUGUGGAUCGAGGGAAGCAAAGUUUAGAAACAAUUUGCCUUCUCCUUGCUUAUAAAAUAAAAUAUCCUGAGAACUUUUUCCUGUUAAGGGGAAACCAUGAAUGUGCUUCUAUAAACCGGAUAUAUGGAUUUUAUGAUGAGUGCAAGAGAAGGUUCAAUGUAAGGUUAUGGAAGACAUUUACAGACUGCUUCAAUUGCCUGCCUGUGGCAGCCCGUGUUGAUGAAAAGAUUUUGUGUAUGCAUGGAGGACUUUCUCCCGACUUAAAUAAUUUGGAUCAGAUUAGAAAUUUACAGCGGCCCACAGAUGUUCCUGAUACAGGUUUGCUUUGUGAUCUCCUUUGGUCUGACCCGAGCAGAGAUGUUCAAGGAUGGGGAAUGAAUGACAGAGGAGUUUCAUUUACAUUUGGUGCUGAUAAGGUCUCAGAGUUUCUUCAGAAACAUGAUCUUGAUCUUAUUUGUCGUGCUCAUCAGGUUGUGGAAGAUGGAUAUGAGUUCUUUGCUAAUCGACAACUUGUAACAAUAUUUUCAGCACCUAAUUAUUGUGGGGAAUUUGACAAUGCUGGUGCUAUGAUGAGUGUUGAUGAGACACUAAUGUGCUCUUUCCAAAUAUUAAAGCCAGCUGAUAAAAAAGCAAAGCUCAAUUUUGGAAGUACAACCACUGCUAAGCCUGGAAACUCCCCAGCUGGUGUAAAGGUAGGAAGAUAAUUAGUGCUUCCUGGGUGCGAAAGUAUGAAAUUAAAUUUGGCAAAAAGGUUGCUGCUACUUCGGGUCAGCUUGGGCUUGAACUCCUAAUGGUUACAGGAAGGGGAAAGUCGAGUUCCAUUUCGUCUACUAUGAUAUUUUGGAAUUGUAAAAUCAUUGGGAACACCAUUAUGAACCAUGUAAAAUUGUUUUUUAUUGGUACAAAUUUGCAUAUCAAGGAUGGAGAGCCAUAAUCUCCUUGUCUUCGUUGUGCACCAAUAGCUGGUAUAUUUUCCUAACUGUGAGCUUCUCAAGUGUAGAUGGAUACAUCCGCAUGGCAUCAGUUGCUGAGAACCAUUUAAAAAUGCUUUAUCCGAUUUGGCAUAUACGGAUGGUAGUUGAGGCUGUUGAAACAGAAUGUCGUCGAAUCUCUUCGUUUCUCGUUUUGAUUGUCUUCUUUUUUGUGUGA